GUCCGCGCCAGUCGCUCACUACGCUUCUGGGCGGUUCCAGUUCCGCCUCCAGCACUGGACUCUGGGGAGACCAGGAGUGCUUUUAAGUGAAAACGAUAAAUAAAUAGAAGCAUGGCGAUUGUACAUCUACAGAUAAGAUAAUUAUAGAAACCCCAUGUAAGAGGGAAAGUUUUUAAUGCGUUGUUUCGUGAAUGUGUUGCACAAUUUUAUGUUGGAAGUGGCGUUUUUGAAUCUACGACACGAGCGGAACAACUCUCGCAGGUGAACGGAGCAAGUUGCCUUCAAUGUCGACAUUGUGUCCUCGGCAGGUGUCAGCCACCAGGUGAGCCCGGCUGCGAUGGAGGAGAAGGGGCACCGCGUGGCGGACUACUUCGCCGUGGCGGGGCUGACGGCCGGGUCGGAGCCGCUGGAGCCGGAACUGGCGGAGGGGAGGAGCGCCCGACCCCAGGCGCCCAUCACCGACCUGGCCGUUAUCAACCGCACGGCGGGCGAGGCCCCGCCCCCCGGCUUCACCUGCCUGGAGGCCACCCCCGGCGGCCUCCCCGCCAACCUCAACCACGGCAGCAUGGCCAGUCCUGAGAUCUUCCUCUGCUACAGGAGGGGGGGGGACAAGCCCCCGCUCAUCGACGUUGGGUUGCUCUACGAGUGGAAGGAGCGUCUGAUCGCGGGCUGUGAGGUCAUCCAGGCCACGCCGUACGGGCGCUGCGCCAACGUGAACAACAGCUCCGCCUCCUCGCAGCGCAGCUUCCUGACCCUGCGCCGCGCCCCGCCCAUCCGGCCCCAGAACUCGCUGUGCGUCACCGACGUCUGCGUCAUCGUCGCCAGCCGCGGGGAGGCCUUGCCCCACACCUUCUGCAGGGUGGACAAGAACCUCAACUGUGGCCUGUGGGGAUCCAGUGUGUUCCUGUGCUACAAAAAGUCUGUUCCUGCGUCCAACUCGAUAGCUUACAAAGCGGACCUCCUGUUCCGGUAUCCGCAGGAGGACUACGAGUCCUUCCCCCUCUCCGAAUCUGUGCCCCUCUUCUGUCUGCCCAUGGGGGCCAAGAUCGAAUGCUGGGACCCCAGUAACCACCACCCCCUGCCCGUCUUCUCCACCUUCGUCCUGACUGGCUGCACAGCUGAGAAGGUGUAUGGUGCUGCUAUGCAGUUCUAUGAGCCCUACCCUGUGGAGUCUCUGACGGAGAGGCAGAAGGCCCAGCUGUUCCCACCCGACCCUGAGGGGGCGGGGCCUGUUCCCAGCAGGCCGGUGAACACCAAUAAGAGCAUCUGCCUGCUGUCGCGCUGGCCCUUCUUCGAGGCAUUCCGCAAAUUCCUCACCUUCCUGUACCAGCUGUCCAUCUCCGGCCCUCAGCCUCUGCCCAUCGAAAAGCACAUCUCCCAUUUUAUGCACAACGUGUGUUUCCCCUCUCCCCAGAGGCCAAGGAUCCUUGUACAGCUGUCUGCACUCGACACUCUGACUCUCUCCCAGCCCAUCAGCACACCUUUACCUCUCAGCGGGGCGGAUUUCUGCACCCUGCUGUCGAACCUGGGGCCGGAGACCUGUGCCACCCUGCUGCUGCUGGUGCUGCUGGAGAGCAAGGUCGUGCUGCACUCCCUCCGGCUCCCCGCGCUGACCGGCGUGGCCGAGGCCGUGGCGGCGAUGAUCUUCCCCUUCCAGUGGCAGUGCCCGUACGUUCCUGUGUGCCCGCUCUCGCUGGCAGGGGUCCUCAAUGCCCCCUGCCCUUUCAUUGUGGGCGUGGACUCCCGAUAUUUCGACCUCUACGACCCCCCAGCCGAUGUGGUGUGUGUGGAUCUGGACACCAACUCCAUUUACCUGUCAGAGGACAGGAAGCAGUUCAGCCUCCCGAAGAAACCUCGCAAGAGCCUCGUGAACUCCCUGAGCAGCGUGUACCAGCAACUCGACAACGCCCGCAGGACGGCCCAGGCAGAGAUGUCCCCCGUGGAGGCGGACUUCUCCUGGCAGAAGAGGAUGAUGGGAUUGGAGAUGGAGAUCCAGGAGGCCUUCCUGCGCUUCAUGGCCGCGGUGCUGAAGGGCUACCGCUGCUUCCUCAAGCCCAUCACCCAGGCGCCCACCAAGAAGGCCACCGCCGCCGACUCCCUGUACGACCUGCAAGGGUUUCUGAAGAGCAGAGACCGGGCUUCUCAGAAGUUCUACUCUCACCUGACCAAAACACAGGCGUUUGUGCGCUUCAUAGAGGAGUGCACCUUCGUCAGUGACAAGGGCACAGGCCUGGCCUUCUUCGACAGCUGCGUCGAGAAGCUUUUUCCUUCUGAUAAAAACACUGACAGGGGAGGGAAGGUGGAUGGGGACUCCUGGGAGGACGGUCGGCUCCUUGAGCUGGAUGAGUCUCAGAAGAGUGACCUCACCGUGUUCGUCAUGCCCCCUGAAGCCCCUGCUGAGGACGGCCUGGACCCCCCCCUUCAGUACAGCUAUCAGAACUUCCCCUCUCUUCGCCUGGAGCUGUUCGACCGCCCCUCGGGGUUGAGUCCAGUUCCGAGCGUCAGGCCCGCUGUGACCAGCGUGUCCAAUAGCCCCGCCCUCCUGGCCAAGAGGACCAAUCAGGAGGUGAAGCUCUCCUGGAAGAUGGCCAGGCGGUAUCGGUCCCAGCCCCCUCUGUGGGCCAGGUGCCUGCUCAGCCACAGCUACAGCCUGUGGUUCCUGUGCCUGCCCAGCAGGGUGCGCUGCGCCCCCUGCAAGCUGCGCGCCCUGCAGGAGGCCCAUGCCGUGCUGCUGAGGAGGAGGAGCGCCGAGCUGGAGCUGCUGGACGAGGUGUGCUAUCGGGUGGUGAUGCAGCUGUGUGGCAUCUGGAGCCUCCCCGUCAUGGCCGUGCGCGUACUGAUGGAGAUGAAGAACGCUGGGGUACAGCCCAACGCCAUCACCUACGGGUACUACAACAAGGCCGUCCUGGAGGGCUCCUGGCCGAGCCAGAACCGGAGCGGCGGCUUCCUGUGGGCCAAAGUGCGCCACGCGGUGCGGGCAGUGGCGCAGUUCAACCGGGCACUGAGGAGGACGGCUCGGGCCGAAGGUCCCCUGCACAUCAGCACAGAGGUGAAGGGGGACGGCAUGGCAGGAAGUGACGACGACAGGAUCAGCGGUGAGGAACACACCCUCUUCUCCCGCAGCCUUGUUGUCGGGGGCAACGCCAAUGGCAACCACCACAGCGGAGCGAAGGAAGGGGCGGGCUCAGUAGACAGUGCUGAGCUUUUGGCUCCGCCCCUGAGCCCCAGGGACACGCCCACCCCAGGGCCCAGCAUCGUCAGGCUGUCCACAGGAAGCUCGGAUGGCUCUGCAGGAAGGGGCAGUGGUGUGAGGAAGCUGUUCACCUCACGCAAUCAGAGCGAGGAGGUGUCUCUGCUCGAGGAUGGCGUGGCUGUCUCCCUGGGCGGGGCCGGGGAGGCGGGGCUCCAGACGGCAUUGGGGCGGAGCUUCAGCAUGGAGAGCCGGGCCGGCAUGCUGGAGACCAGUGCUGACCGGAUGGCCGUCGCCAUGGCAGCCGAUGCCAAGAUCCUGGAAGCCGCUCUCUCCGGGUGCAAGACCACUCCCACCAGCUCCGCCCUCGGCUCCGCCCCCUUCACGGGCAUGGAGCCCGAGGGGGGCGUGUCCGGAUCCUCGGACACAGCGGAGGAGAACGACGUGUUUCUUGAGCCCCCGUCCAAAUUAAGUGAGGUCAGGCUGCCGGAGGCGGUGGGGGCUGACUGUCCCAGGACAGAAGGAGACUCUGUGGCGCUGCUGAGGGGGGGGGAUGGGGGUCAGAGAGACCCCGCCCAGAGGGACAGCUCCUCCAGCAGGGCCGUGGAGAGGGAGGGCGUGGCCACGGGGGCGGACCUCCUGUCCCCGCUGCCGGUGACGGACAGCUCCAAAACCAGCCCGGCCCGCACCCGGGACCCCCGUACCCCAGUCCCGCCAACGGCGGCGCCCCAAAACCUGGCCAGCAGCCCUCUGGGGCCCAAGUCCUUCAGCAUGGAGCUGCACCACCAGGGGGCGCCGCAGCCAGCCACCGAGGUCGACUCCGCCUCCAGCGUGUCCCCCGGGAGGAGGGCCAGCCUCCCCGCCAGCCCGACGCUCCCGGGCGUGGGGCGGUCCGGCGCGGUGGCGGGGCAGCGGAAGGGGUGGGGCGCUGUGCAGCGGGCGGGCUCCUUCAGCGCGCUGAUGCGCUCCUCCCCCCGCAGCUCGCUCGGCUCCCUCAUCGGCUCCCUCUCCGGCCUCGCCCCCCCCAGGAUGGGCCAGCUGCUCGCCCCCCCCAGGAUGGAGCAGCUGCUGGCCGGGCCCAAGAUGGAGGCGCUGAAAUCGGGCGUGAAGCAGGCCGCCAGCGUCGCCAUCAAAGUGUGGGACACCGUGGCGUCUGCCUACGCCUACUCCGACGACGAGGAGGAGGACGGGAGGGGCGGGGGCAGUGGCCCGUCCUGGCCGGAGGGGGCCCUGCAGGGGGUGGGUGAGGUAGACGGCCCCGCCCACAGCACCCUGCGCUCCGACGGCCUCAACUACAGCAGCACCAGCCUGGAGAGCAGCAGCAGCAGUGUGAACCCAGGCCGGUCUGGGAGGGGUGCAGACUCCUCUCACCACACCAGCUCCUCCAGCAUCAACCAGAACACCGCCCUGGAGGUGCUGAUGUCCAGCUGCUCACAGUGCACUUCCUGUGAAGCGCUGGUGUAUGACGAGGAGAUCAUGGCCGGCUGGACGGCGGACGACUCCAACCUGAACACCACCUGCCCCUUCUGCCAGGCCUCCUUCCUGCCCCUGCUGCACGCUGAGUUCCGCGACCUGCGCACCGCAUCCAGCUUCCCGCUGAAACCCAGCAUGUCAGGUGACAGUAUCCAUAGCAACAGUGCUCCCCUGUCAUCGGAGUCAGCUGACCAGAAGGGCGGGGCCUCUGCGGUGGUUGCUGACCUCAUCAGUUUCGAGGAGCCCCCACUGGAGGUGCCGACGGGGGCCCCUGGGGGCCUGGCUGGCAUACAGGAGGGCCCUGGUCUGGACCCUGAGCUGGUGAAUUGGGGCACCCCCCUGACCCGCAGCAGCAGCAUGAGCGACUCCCUGCAGACCCGGGACCCCCCCCAGCGCCCGUCCCGCGGCGUGUCCACCGCCAGCCUGCCCAGCAGCCUCCAGGGGGCGACGGAUGCAGUGGGGCAGAAGAGGCCCAACCCCCAGCCGGUAUCGGUGCCCUACCUGAGCCCCCUGGUCCUGCGGAAGGAGCUGGAGUCGCUGCUGGAGAACGAGGGGGAGCUGGUCGUCUGCACCCACAAGUUCCUCAGCCAGCACCCCAUCCUCUUCUGGAACCUGCUGUGGUACUUCUGCCGGCUGGACCUGCCCAGCACGCUGCCGGGCCUGAUCCUCACCUCGGAGCACUGCAACCACGGAGUGCAGCUGCCUCUGACCCAGCUGUCCCAGGACAGUAAGCAGGUGUGCGUGCAGCUCCUGUGGGACAACAUCAACCUGCACCAGGAGCCCAGUGAACCUCUCUACCUGCUCUGGAGGACCUUCAGGCAGAAGAAAGCGCUGUUGGCUCCGACGGAUCACCGCGAGGCCAGAGAUCUGCUGAACAGCAUCAUCAGGAGCAUCCAGGAGAGCGACGUUCGCGCGCCCAUGAGCCUGCUCACACAGGAAGUGCAAAAGAACGCCCACCCCAAACGCCAAAGGAGUAUCUACAGAGAGAUCCUCUUCCUGUCACUGGCCGCUCUGGGGAGAGAGUAUAUUGACGUUGAGGCCUUUGACCGUGAGUACAGUGAGGCCUUCGACGCGCUGAGCCCGGAGGAACGCGAGGCCCUGUCCCCCAUAGACCAGCCGCCCAGCAGCACCGUGCAGUGGUGCCUCAAGUGCUUUGGCACUCCUGUCAUCUGACAGCGCCCCCUGCUGCCAUGGAGGAUUACUCACAGGAGACACUGCCACCUGACAACGCCCCCUGCAGUCCUGGAGGAUUACUCACAGGGCACACAAGUGGUUCUUUUCCAGGUGGAUAUUUAUUCAUAGAAGAAAGGAGGGCGUUUGUUUUUGCACUGUGAAUUUCAUGCUGUGAAUAUCCCUCAAAGAUGACAAAGAUGGACUCUCACUUCCACAGCCUCAUUCCGAUGUUAUUGUACCUGCCUGAACUCCUUAUUAUAAUUUGUCUUAAACGCUAAAAGUCCCAUCUUGUCGAGAAGACAAGGAGCAGGAAAGAUUUUGUUGUGACUCCUGAAUUCAGUCUUAAAACGCCGAGGACCAGCUUCCUGACCUGUGGAGCCAUUGAACAAGGUCGGUUUGAGUCACUUGAGUAAGUGAAGAAGCCUGACUGUGGCCUCAGGUGAUGUACACAGUGUGGGCUGUGAUUGGCUGUGAUUGGUCAGUCCAAUGCCUACACAGCCCAGAAGACCUCAUUCUGUAGGCCUCGGGAAGCCUCUCGCUGCAGACCUUUUUAUCUCAUAGCCUGUAUAUGUUCAUUGCAUGUAGAUAAAGAGACAUUUUAUUGUCAUUUUGACCUAUUUGCACUUCUGGGAACCGCUGAUCCUCAGUUUCCCUUUUGCCGUUUUUGUUUUGUAAACAUCGGUUCUGAGGUUGGGCCCGAGGGAUCGCACCUGUUUCCUGGUGUCAGACGGUUUGAGUCUUAAAAUGGUGGCAGCCUUUGCGGGCGGGAGAGGGAUUACUUAAUUUGGUGGAGUGGAGAGAUCGAGUUGGGGUGGGGUUAUUAUGUUGUGUACAGCUCUCAUUUUGUUGGAGGGUGGACUGUAACGAUUGCUAUCCCAGAAUUCCUUUCUUCUGUGGCCGUGUUGGGGAGAGAAUGCGUGGCUCAUCCUGUUCAGACGCUGGUCCAGCGUGCGGAUGGGCCUGGUGUGGAAUAAACGCUGAGUCAUCACCAGACCUCCCUAUAAAUGCUGAGUCAUCACCGGGACCCGCUAUAAACGCUGAGUCAUCACCGGGACCCGCUAUAAACGCUGAGUCAUCACCGGACCUCCCUAUAAAUGCUGAGUCAUCACCGGACCUCCCUAUAAAUGCUGAGUCAUCACCGGACCUCCCUAUAAAUGCUGAGUCAUCACCGGAACCCGCUAUAAACGCUGAGUCAUCGCCGGACCCGCUAUAAACGCUGAGUCAUCGCCGGACCCGCUAUAAACGCUCAGUCAUCACCGGGACCCGCUAUAAACGCUGAGUCAUCACCGGACCCGCUAUAAACGCUGAGUCAUCACCGGACCCGCAUAAACGCUCAGUCAUCGCCGGGACCCGCUAUAAACGCUCAGUCAUCACCGGGACCCGCUAUAAACGCUGAGUCAUCACCAGAACCCGCUAUAAACGCUGAGUCAUCACCGGGACCCGCUAUAAACGCUGAGUCAUCACCGGGACCCGCUAUAAACGCUGAGUCAUCACCGGGACCCGCUAUAAACGCUGAGUCAUCACCGGGACCCGCUAUAAACGCUGAGUCAUCACCGGGACCCGCUAUAAACGCUGAGUCAUCGCCGGGACCCGCUAUAAACGCUGAGUCAUCACCGAGACCCGCUAUAAACAUUCCAACUUUAUUUCUCAGGACCAAUAACGGCCCUGCCCACCAUUCAGGGCACAAGUGGGGAACUCAGCCGUGAUAACUGAAGGGUGAGGCCGUUCCAGUUUGGCACCCACUUCCUGCUGGGCCCGUAUUCAUAAAGCAUCUGAGAGGAAACCUGAGCUGGGGUCCGCUAAAGGCCCGAAACCGAUCCCAAAUGAGCUCUGCUGCUCUGAGACGCUUCAUGGAUAUGGCCACUGAUCUGGAGUCAGUGCUCGACAAGCCAGAGCCUCACGUGAUGUGACCCGCCGCUCCUGAACACUGAUCUGGGAUCAGCGGAUCCGGGGCUGGCCUUGCCGCUGUGUUUCGGGUCUCUAAGAUUGUCUAGUAUCAUGUGACGGGAAGUAGCACUACUGAAACCACAGCUAUUGGCUGCCCCUCACCGCGCAGUGCCUUCAGCUGCCAGCAGGGGGAGAAAAACGAAAACCUCAUGUCUUAAAGUGGCUCAUUGAUUGACACCUCGCACCACCAGUUAUGCUGAAUCUUUGGCACCUCCACUCUGUAAGGCCAUGGUGUUCAUCUCACAGUGUGGCAGGUUGUUUCUGCCCUUGCAGGUUUGACCAAAACGUGAAUUCCGUAGCAGCAGCUGAGUAGCCCGUCCUCAGUGUGUGUGUGGACUGUGUGUGUGUUUUAAAACGGUAAAUGUUGCUGAUACUGUGUAGUGUGGUGCAUAAGCUGUAUUCAGGUCUCCUUCUGAUGCUGCACACAACCCCAAAAAAACCCUGUGAAUGCUUCUUCCCCAUUUCAGGAAAAAUCUCCGUUGUGGUUUGUUUGUGUUCGCUCUGUCAACGGACUAGCACUGACCGCACGGUUCUAUUUGCACUUAAAUUGUGUUGAUGAUCAUAAAUGUCCAAAUAUCACGACGUGGGGCUGCCUGGAGUUCCUGCACUCCAAAGCAGCACACGCAGGUCUUAAUUCAGGGUCAUUAAAGUGUCUUGGGGCAAAGGUGCUGAUCUGGGGUCAGUUAUGCCCUUUAGCUGGUCAUGGAAAAGGUUAGGAGGUAGACUGGGGGACACUGAUCCCCAUCAGCGCUAACGCUUAGACGCUUUAUGAAGACUGGCUCUGUCCCAGUCUGAUGUAUUUCGGGUCGAGAAGCUGGUCACAGGCCGUUUGAGGGUUCUGAAUCCCGGUUAAGGCCUUGCUUGUCCUGGCUGAACUCUGAGAGGCUUCCUCAGCCAGCCACCUAAUCAGCCCCCAGUGUAAUCGGUUUAAAAAAUGAGUUCCCUCUCCUCAUCAGCCGAUGUGCGGUGAGCGUUCUGGCGCAAAAUGGCUGCCGUGCAUCUCCCAGGUUGGUGCUACACAUAGUUUCCCCCUCAUCACUGUUCUUCUCAUUAUUAAAAGAUCAGUUUAUGAAAUUGAACAGCGCUAUGACUGGACUUUAACUCAUCUGCUGCAGAUCAUACCGAUGGUCGUCACUUCAAUGCUGUGAGUCUUAAUGUAGUGAUGUAUCAGGUAUGGUCAGCGUGUCUGAGAUUUGUAAAUUGCACUUCUGGUUUGGUUCACUGAAUGAACCCACACAGGGAUUCUCUGUCUCACACACUCCAUAAUGAUCCGCUCCUGCUUGUGUGAACUCAGCUGAGGGGGGAGCCUGGUGCUGGAGAGACUGGUGCAUGGUCUGCAUUUAAUGCCGAAAUCGGUUCUUAAUUAGCCCGAUAAUCUGUGAUCUGACGGUAUAGCUACGUGUGAAUUAGGAUCAUGAAUGGCAGCUGAAGAUCGUGUCCUUGCAUGGGAGUGUUUUUACUGUGGCCCAGAGAGACGGCCGGUCGGCUGAAUGGUGCAGAUGGAAAAGCAGAAAUGGAUUCUGUGAUUCUCCAUGAUCUGGAUUCCCCAGCCUGCCUUGUGCAUUGCAGCUGAUGGGAGUGCCACCCCCCGGCCCCCAAGCCUGCGUUUCCAGUUAUGUCAAAUGCAAAUUCAGUGCAGAGCUGUAAUGCAAUAAAUGUUAUGGUAAUUUCCAUUUUUCAAAAA